GUUGCAACCAACUUCCAGUCCUCGACCAUUCCAAUGGCAACAAACUGCCAUUGUGAACUUACACCAAGUAUCACGGCAGCUGUCAGAAUUUUUUUUAUCAAUUUACUUCUCAGCUGUCGUUUUUGAUAUUUUUUCUUGUUUAUGACCGCACUCCGCUCCGCUCAAGUGCAUCGUAAUUCCUCUUAAUUACGAUAAAUCUUUGCGCAAAGCCAUUCAUAAACAAUAUCACCAACGACGUCGGGGCGUUUUCCUGUAGUUUUAGAGGAAUUUUAACGCGUCAAAUAGGAACGAAAACCUGAAUGCGAUUUGCUCAAGUGUCAGCCAAAGUGUUUUUCGGGCGAUAAGUCAUUGGAUUUGCACGGGAAAUUCGCGAGCAGCGGUGCAAGGCUAUCAUGUCUUUGAUAUUCGUCGGAGCCCUGCAGCAGUUCGGUUGAGUGAUGGGUGACUUUGGCGAGAAAGCUUUCCAGUUCGAAGGAUUAAUGUCGACGAUUCUGCGACUGAAGAACAUCAACAACAACGGCCAGGACGCGAGUUGUUGCGAAUUGAACGGCUGUCACGCAAUGAAACCUUGCGACGCCCAGGCCGACAAGCGAAAACUCAAUGGGGACUACGACGGCAUUCAGGUUUUGAACGAGAACGGCGCAAACGAGGCCGGUGACAUGGCAACGGGGCGGUUCAACGACGAGGAUAUCCCUGCGGCGCGGUCGAACAACUCAAGCACGAGCAACUCAACCGGAAACCUGUCCAUCAGCCAAGAGGACUAUGACGACGACGAUGAGGUGAUUUUCCUAGCAAACCAGCAGUUUGCCGACGACGAAAUAUCGGAGCAAUCGGACGAUUGUGUCUACGCAUAUCGGGGGGCGGACUUCGACGCUCUCGAGUACCGCAAUAACAACAAUGUUGACGAUGAGACUGAUUUUUUAGAAAUGGAUUUCGAACCGGACCCGGCGUCCGAGAUCGAUAACACCACGAACGAAUGCCAUACUGGCUGCCGCAACUACAAUGCGGAGACCUCAGCCGAUGAGAUCCUGCUGCCAAUACAAAUGCUCGAUGAAGCCGCGAACGGGCAGAAGAUCCGUUCGAACUUUAACUCGAAUUGUUUACAGCCAAACGCGGCUGUCGCACCGGACGACUGGCGCAACGCCGCUCGAAAUCAGAACAACAUAUCAACCGAAGGGGAGGGUGAUGCGGAAGUUCCUGAACAUUUUAAAUUCACCGGCGCCAAGCCGAAGAAACAGUUGGCGGACAGGUGCGCGCUGGCGCCUCAACCUGCCUCGCCACGGAAGCAAUUGCUCCCCGCAAUAGAUACCAAAGGAAAGGAUGAGAUUCCCGCGAGGAGUCCGAUCUACGUGAAUGGGGACGCUGUUACCAGUGACCCGGACGAGCCAUGUCUUGAUUGUUUGGAGAAUGAGUUUCUGUCGACGACGGUCGGGAGGAAGAUGGAGGCCACAUUUUGCCGGAAGUGCCGGCGAAGAAGAGCAAACACUGAUUUUGAGCGGAAAGCGGUUGAUACGCCGAACGGAUUUGGACGGGAGUUCAUGCCGUUUGAUGAUUCGAGACUUUUGUCGAAAUCGAGUGCAUUUGAGGUGAGAUAUCCGAAUCAAGAGGAUUUUGUGGCGAACCAGAGUGUGGAUAGUAUGCUACUUAAGAGAUCUGGCAAGGAGAGUGUUACGUUUUCGAGCGUGAAUGUCGAUGAGAAAGUUAUAAUUCAAGCACUUGACCAUAUUAAUGUAAGCUUCGAUAAGACUAUUAUUAAGAAACAUUUUGAAAAUCUGAAUAAUUUUCAACCGCAUUUUGAUAAUGUUACGGAACUUAUCCUGUAUACUUCAAAGAGGAACUGUGAUUAUAAGAAGAUAAUUAAGCUCGUCAAGUUAGCGUGUAAUGAUGAGGUGGAUAUAAAAUUCACAAGGGAUGCAAAUGUUUCCAAAGAAACCGAAAUUGUUCAAGUCCGAAGCUGCGAUAUUUUAGAAAUGUGGACAAUACAACAACAGAACUUAGAACAAUUAAAGAGAUUGAAUAAGAAAUUUAUUCAGAUGAAUGUUUUAGGCAAAGUCAUAAAUUUAAUUCGCCAUGCACAACAGCGGAACACAAAAUCCAUAGAGGAGGAGUUUAUAAUAGUUCCCCAGUAUUAUAAGACCGGGUAUAUUUGUAUAAUAAAAAAGUAGUAAUAAAACACAAUUUUAUAUAAGAUAACUUAUGCGAA